UCAGUUGUAGCACUCUGCGCGCCAGCUCUUCGGUUCUCGCUCUUGAUCUGCCACUGCAGCCGCCCCCCGUCGCCGCCGCCGCCGCCGCCGCCGCCGCCGCCGCCGCCAUGAGGGAGAUUGUGCACCUGCAGGCCGGCCAGUGCGGCAACCAGAUCGGCGCCAAGUUUUGGGAGGUGAUCAGCGAUGAGCAUGGCAUCGAUCCUACUGGCACCUACCACGGGGACAGCGACCUGCAGCUGGAGCGGAUCAACGUAUACUACAACGAGGCCACGGGUGGCAAGUACGUGCCCCGCGCCGUGCUCGUGGACCUGGAGCCGGGCACCAUGGACUCCGUGCGCUCGGGGCCCUUCGGGCAGAUAUUCAGGCCGGACAACUUCGUCUUCGGUCAGAGCGGUGCUGGGAACAACUGGGCCAAGGGGCACUACACAGAAGGUGCGGAGCUGGUGGACUCGGUGCUGGAUGUUGUGCGGAAGGAGGCGGAGAGCUGUGACUGCCUGCAGGGCUUCCAGCUGACCCACUCGCUGGGGGGCGGCACCGGCUCCGGGAUGGGCACCCUCCUCAUCAGCAAGAUCCGCGAGGAGUACCCCGACCGCAUCAUGAACACCUUCAGCGUGGUGCCCUCGCCCAAGGUGUCGGACACUGUGGUGGAGCCCUACAACGCCACCCUCUCCGUCCACCAGCUCGUAGAAAACACAGACGAGACCUACUGCAUUGAUAACGAGGCUCUCUAUGACAUCUGCUUCCGCACCUUGAAGCUGACCACGCCCACCUAUGGUGACCUGAACCACCUAGUGUCGGCCACCAUGAGUGGGGUCACCACCUGCCUGCGCUUCCCAGGCCAGCUCAAUGCUGACCUGCGAAAGCUGGCUGUCAAUAUGGUCCCCUUCCCCCGUCUGCACUUCUUCAUGCCCGGCUUCGCCCCACUGACCAGCCGGGGCAGCCAGCAGUACCGGGCGCUGACAGUGCCCGAGCUCACCCAGCAGAUGUUUGAUGCCAAGAACAUGAUGGCGGCCUGCGACCCCCGCCACGGGCGCUACCUGACCGUGGCCGCCGUGUUCCGGGGCCGCAUGUCCAUGAAGGAGGUGGACGAGCAGAUGCUCAACGUCCAGAACAAGAACAGCAGCUACUUCGUGGAGUGGAUCCCCAACAACGUGAAGACGGCCGUGUGCGACAUCCCACCCCGGGGGCUAAAAAUGUCUGCCACCUUCAUCGGCAACAGCACGGCCAUCCAGGAGCUGUUCAAGCGCAUCUCGGAGCAGUUCACAGCCAUGUUCCGCCGCAAGGCCUUCCUGCACUGGUACACGGGCGAGGGCAUGGACGAGAUGGAGUUCACCGAGGCCGAGAGCAACAUGAACGACCUGGUGUCCGAGUACCAGCAGUACCAGGACGCCACGGCCGAGGAGGAGGGGGAGUUUGAGGAGGAGGCAGAGGAGGAGGUGGCCUAGGGCUGUGCGGUACCGGGUAAAGCGUGGAAGCCGUGGGAACUCUUUAUUCACUCACAGCCUGUUCUCUGAUAGCCCCGUCUUACUGUGCGUGUAUUUGUUCUUCUUGUCUCGACAUCACAUGCUGUACAGGUACCACCAUUAAAGCGUUUUCAUAGUG